AUGAGCAAAGAUGAUACAAUCGCCAACCCGCAAUUUGGACCUGUUCAUAUUAUCAACCCUCAAUCCAGACACACCCGAACGGCCAUAGUUCUCCACGGACGAGGCAGCAAUGGUCAGGAGUUUGCCGACGAGUUCUUCUCAUCUCACCUAUCUGGCCACAAGCCCCUAGCCUCGGCGCUGCCUGGAUGGCGCUGGGUGUUUCCUUCAUCCCCAUCUCUCUGGAGUACUACCUUUCAAGAAUCAAUACCGGCUUGGUUUGAGGCUCGGUCGUUGACUGACACCACUGCCCGACAAGAUCUACAAACUAACGGCAUUGCAGCAUCAGUGAGACAUAUUCAGGUCCUUAUAAAUGAAGAGGUUGCGAGGCUCGACGGGAAUGCGAGCCACGUGCUCCUUGGGGGUAUUAGCCAAGGUGCCGCAGUUGGCAUAUGGACGCUACUCUGCCCAGGCCCUGCACGAGGAAUUGGGGCAUUCUUUGGCUCCAGCACCUGGCUUCCGUUUGCUGCGAAUAUAGAACGAGCACUAUUGCAGGCUACGGCUGAUGCGAGCACAGAGCCAACACCGGGAGAAGACGAAUCUGACGCCUUUGUUAGGGGCAUGAUGACACUUGGCGGACAGCCACAAGGCGAAGCCUCCGCCAUGAAGAUUCUCCUGGGACACGGUGAUGAUGACGCAUAUGUUGACAUUACCCUUGGACGGCAAGCUAGGAAUGUGCUUUCAAAGGCCGGUUUUAUAGUCGAGUGGAAGGAGUACUCUGGCGCUGAGGAAGAGGGUCAUUGGUUCAAAGUGCCAGAUCAGAUGGAUGAUAUUUAUAAAUUCAUCAAAGAGAAUUAUCCCGACGAGGGAGAAUGA